AUGGCCACCGCUGUAGCCAAAGCGCCAUAUUUUGGGCUCAAGGGGAAAUGGCUUACUUACUGGAUCACAUUUGCAUGCAGUGUAGACAUGCUCAUGUUCGGCUAUGACCAAGCAGUCUUCAGCGGCGUCAUUGUGACUGACGAUUUUCUCGAGCUCCAUGACCUUGUCGGCCCGGAGAAGACCCGUAUGCUAUCUACAAUAACAGCAAUAUACGACAUCGGCUGUUUCGUCGGAGCGAUUUUGGCAUUCACUAUUGGGGAAUCACUGGGUCGAACGAAGUCCAUCCUCAUCGGUACCGCGAUCAUGAGCAUUGGCGCCAUCUUGAUGGCAUCGUCUCAUAGCUUGGCCCAGAUGUUUGUUGGGCGCAUUGUACUAGGAAUCGGCAACGGAGUUAACACGGCUACCGCCCCGAUUUGGCAAACAGAGACAGCUCCCGCUCACUGGCGUGGGAAGCUAGUCAUGUUUGAGAUGAUGAUGAACAUUGUCGGGUUCUCCCUCUGCAACUGGAUCAACUUUGGGUUGUCAUACGCAGGCGGUGCUGUCGCGUGGAGGUUCCCUCUCGCCUUCCAAUUCGUCUUCAUCAUCGCGCUAUUCGCCACUGUUCCAUGGCUGCCCGAGUCGCCCCGGUGGCUUAUGUCACAUGGGCGGGAGGAAGAGGCCACACAGAUUCUUGCCUGUCUCGAGGCGAAACCAGAAGACGAUGCGUUCGUUAUUUCGCAGAAGGAAGAGAUACGAUUCAGUAUCGACUACGAAAGAGAACAUCAUAUCCGGUGGAGAGAUCUGCUGCGGCCUGAUCCUGGUGCGACCAAACCACUGCGCAGAAUCAUUUUAGGGGCUGGCACGCAAUUUAUGCAGCAAUUUGAAGGUAUCAACAUCAUGAGUUAUUACAUGCCGGCCGUUUUGAUCUCUGCCGUAGGCCUAUCAAACGAGCUGGCGCGUCUUCUAACCGCUGUCAAUUCACUGACUUAUCUGAUCUUCUCAUGUGUCUCCGUCACCCUAGUUGAGAGAUGGGGACGGCGUGGACUGAUGCUUUUAUCUACUGCCGGUCAAGGCUUAGCAUUUCUCGUUAUCACGAUUCUUCUCAGGUAUGGUGGCCCGGGAGGAAACCGUAGAGCAUCAGAGGGAUCCAUUGUCUUCUUCUUUCUCUACUUCAUGGCCUUCGGCCUGGGAAUGUUGGGUGUUCCCUGGCUUUACCCUACAGAGAUCAACUCGAUCGCCAUGCGAACAAAAGGUGCUGCAGUGGCUACAGCCACCAAUUGGAUGACGAACUAUGUGAUUGUCCAAAUCACACCAAUCGGAAUCCAAGAUUUGGGAUGGAAGUUUUGGAUCGUGUUUACAGUCUUAAACGCUGCGUUUCUGCCUGUCAUCUACCUCUUUUAUCCUGAGACAGCAAACCGAACACUCGAAGACCUCGACGAGUACUAUCGCAACAACCCUCCUCUCUUCGUUAUUGGCGAUAAGGACGCGAUUGCCAGUAAAAGGCCCAAGAAAUACGUCGACAGACAAGAAGCACAUGUUCAGCGGGUUGCUCACGGGAAUGAGGUCACUGAGACCAGCGAAAAUGCGGUUUCAUCUGGAGAAAAGCACCAAGCGAUUUGA